AUGGAGGAGUGGGAUAUAGACGACUUACCCCUCCCGGCCCUGUUCGAGCGAGCCAGGAAGGUUCACUCCCUCGCGUCCGAGUCGACCGUCGAUCAGGUAAAUAAAUUCCUUUCUCCGAAUUUCGAGCUUAUUUCCAACUUUUCCUCGAUCAUUUCAUAGAGCAACCUGGAGAGAUUGUAUUUUUCAAAUUUGAACCUUUUUUUAGGAAACCUUGACGAAGGGAGUCGAAAUGUUAAAGCUCUGCGAUCAAAUGAUAAGUACCUUAGGAUUGUUCUCUGCCAACGAGACGAAAGAUGAUGUCAGCACCGCUAACCUUAAGUACUUGCUGGUAAGCUUCAAGAUAGUUCGAUUCUUCGCGACUUAAGUUCUGAAACAAUGUCGAUAUGUAAACACGUAAUGUUACUUAUCCAGUCAAAGAAGCAAUUUCUGCGUGAGAAAAUUGUCAACUUCAGUUUUUUUUCGGUAGGAGCUACGAUUCGUAUCCCUUUAAUUUACUAGGACUUCACGUUCCUUGUCCAAUAUAUGGACUUCAAUCUUACAUAAUCCUUGCUUCCCAUAGAAAGUAGCCAUACUCUCAGGCAACUGAGGGGAGUAAUUUCAGCCAACAAUGUCAGGUUUAUGUAGAUUUCAUUUGGAACCUUCGAAAUAUACUUGUUCGAAUUGCAUUAUUUCCGUUUGGGAUACUCAUAUUCAUCGUUUCAUAAAUUUAAAGAAUCUUUGGGUAAAAAAACGGGAAAUAGAACGUGGAUGAGCUGAAGAGGGUUUUAUUUCUAAUUUUUUAUCCAAUUCAUUCUUGGUUGCAGACUCAAGCCUUUUCAUGCUAUGAAACGGAACUAAAAAUGCUAUAGUGAUCAACUCAUUGCUGAUUUUUUCUUUCCUUUCAUGGUAAUUUCAAACUAAUAUAUGAAUCGGAGGUCCAAACUUGUCAUCAUAAGGUUAUAGACUACAAUAACACAGCGCUAUUAUGGGUAUCGGAUUUCAAAAAGAGUUUUGCACAAAGAUAGUAUAAUUUGAUUGUCCUCAGACAAGAUCAUUAUAGACUAUUGCCCUCCAUCAUAUGUUUGUGUCAUCUGAAAAAAGUCUGCUCCUAUGUUAGCAUGUGCACCUAUUCCAUUUCCCUUCUAGAUGCCUCCAACCUUUUUACAUUGGUUGGUGCUGAUCUUGUAUACGAAUUGACUAUCAGUUAUCUUUGAAAUUUUUUAAUGUGUCAUCCUAGGUUCCUUUCUAUCUUGGAGAACUCUCUGAAAAGGUUGCAAGAGAAGACAGGUUACAGGUUCUCAAAAUAUCUCUGGAUCAGUUCAAGGUAAUAUCACCUCUAACUAAGUAAUUUUAUGUUUUGAAUGGCCAAUAGCCUUUGGCGUAUUCUACAGGCCAUAUAUUUUCCUCACAGAUUCUUGUGCAAUACUUUUCUCCAAGUAAUCUUGUUGAUGAUGUUUCACCACUGUAAUCUUGCAGGAGUUCAUCUCUUCAUGUGAGGCCUUGGAUCUUGUCCCUGAAGAGGAGACACAGAAUUCAGUGCACGUUUCCGGUGAUACAUUAGCUGCUAAAAGGGAAAAGAAGGUCAGUUUGAGAUAGUUACUAGUUAUGGAGGGUAUAUUUCAGGGACAUGCUUAUAAUAAUUGGCUGCUUGUCAUUCAUAAUGGUAAAUCUAUGUCGGUGCUUGUGUGUUAGAUCAUUGGACCAGUCAUAUGUGUUAAAAGGCAGUAGUGCAGUGCAUAAUAAUUGCCAUGUGAUGUUAUUAUUUCAGACUUGAGGAUCCUUUUGCUUGGAUUUGAUGAUGCUUAUGCAGGUUUUGUUGUGCACACCAGAAAUCGACUAUUCACAGGAGAAACCUCAUGUUUGAAAAUUAUAAGUCUCAGUUGUCGAUGGUCAUGAUUGUUACGAGAUACAGUGGAAGCAGGAAAGCGAAAAACUGACUUAGCCCUUCUCAGGGUCAGUACGCCAGUAUUUAUAUUGGCGUCUAAUAAACCUUUCCGGUAUUACGGAAAGGUCUAAUAACAGAAACACGAGAAAGGAAAUACAUCUAAUAAUAGGAUAGGAAAGGAAAAUAGAAGGAAAGCCUAAUAUAGAAAAACUUGCUCUGCGUAACAAUGAUUAUAUGAAGCUAUAUGCAUAAUAAAAUCUUGACUUUGAAGUCUCAGUUGUCUGCAUAUUGUAAUAACGUACGUAUAUAUGUAAGUUAUGUAGAUAGAUGUGUAUCUAUUUACAUAAACAUGUAGAUGUGCUUAGACAUGUUAUCGGAUGUGUGCCUGUGCAUUUUAAUUUUAUCUACAAUCCUACCGCUUGACAAAUGCAUCCGAUAUAUUGUCAGCAGAAAAAUGUCAAAUCAUCACCAUGUGUAGGAUUUCAUGUAUCUGACUCUGUACAAUCUCAAUGCUAGAUUUCUCGGUUCAAACGACAAAGAGCUGCAGAAUCGAAAUUGCAGGAACUAAAGGAAAGGAGAGAGAGACGAGGCAGAUCAUUAAAAGCGGCUGCAUUGUCCACCCCUGUGGAAGCUGGGGAGGAAGAUUUACUGGAUGAUGAUGACGGGGAGGAAGAACGUGAGGUUAGAUUCUGCAACAAUUAUUGCUAAUUGUUUUUGCCUUUCGUUUGUUUGUGAAAUGUUCCCAGUAUCAUUGUGUGGUUACAUAUGUAUGUCAUAAUGUGCACGCAGGUAUUUUUAUGUAUUAUGGUCUUAUUCAGUUUACUCUUUCAUUGUUUUUCAGGCCUGGGUCACUACAAUUUCUUUAGCUCUCUGUAAGGUAACUGUGUCCAAACAAUGUAUUUUAUGAGAAUCAUUGUAGUGACGACGCUCAUAUCCCUACAUAUCUCUUAGUUUACAAUUCUUUUGCUGAUUCCACUUUGUAGGCCUUUGAUAUGGUCGAAAUGCUGAAGAAAGAGGAAGAUAUGCUUUCUUCUGUGAAGGAAAGGCUAAAGCAGGUAUCCUAAUGAGGCGUUCAUUCAUGUUAUAAUAGAAGCCUUUUCUCUAUUCUUCCCUACUUUAUUCAAAAUGCAUGCGUUUGGAUUGGCCUUUAUCCCGUUCGUGAAAGAUAGAAUUAUCCUUUUUUUUCAGUCUGUCAAACAGUUGCACUUCAGCUCGCCUUUCUCAAAUUUGGUCAUGAUCUCUAACUUCUUCGUUCCGGUAUUUCUGGAAAUUCUCUCUCUCUCUCUCUCUCUCUCUCUCUCUCUCUCUCUCUCUCUCUCUCGCCCCCUCCCUCCCUUCCCGCUCCCCGGGCCUUCCCCAAGAGGUGGGAUUAAUAGCAACUAGUAGUCAAACAGGGUUAUUGUGCCCAAUAGUGCUAAUAGUUGCUGUGUCCCUCCCUACGUGGGAUUAAUAGCAACUGUGUCCAGCACUAAUAGUAGUAGUGCCCAAAUUCUUUCACCCGGACUACAGCAAGAGGUGAUAUAGUUCCGCACAUUCAUUGUGAAAAUGUUGCAGUUGUAUUCAUUACUGAGUGGUGAAGGACUGUAUUGUCUUGAUGGUGAGAUUUCUGGAUGUGGGAUUUCUAGUUAACUUUCAAAAGAGCUUGAUUGAAGGUAUGAAUGUUGGUUCCUUCUUACAGAUGACUGAAGGGGUAUUGAUUAUUCACAGAGAUGGCAUUGAUGAUUGCCUGAUACAUUAUUUUGAUUUCUCGUUCUUAUGGAUAGAGGUUGGGAAGGAUUGAUUUUUAGAAAUUAUUUUGAUUCCCCUAUGCACAGCAUCGCUCCCUUUCUACUUUAUUUCGAGUUACUAUUUGAGAUACUGUCUGAAGGCUUGUAAAUUUUGGGUGAAUUGAAAGCAGAUUUUUCCAGAUAAGUGAAAAAUCCUGGGAGGAUCAACAGUUUGUCCUUGAAGGGUUUCCAGAAGCAUAAAAAAUGGACUCUUGAAGUUACAACUCUUCUGUGCUGCAUUUUCUGUGAAUAGCUUCAGGAAUUUGGACAGAAAAAGUGCUACUCCCGUACACAACUCUGUCGGUAGUUGUGACUCACUGAAAUAGUUGUUCUUAUAUAAUAUCAGGGUUGCGCAGUCUGCUUACUUUAAUGGGAGGGCUUUCUGGGACUUUACUAUACGUGGAUGACUUUGUAGAGCUCGACAGCUGGUUGAGAGAUUACCCUUUAUUGGAUGUGGUUCAUUUUCUGUUUCUGUCCUAUCCUGAGGUCUACGUGGGAGCCGUUUUUCAAGUGUGAGGUGGUAUGUGAAGUUCGUGAGAUUUCGAGAAGAGUUUAUCGAAUGAAGGAAUUGCAUUAUUUAGGUAGUGCCUGGCUAUUUUGGCGGAGUUAUUCCUACGAAAUGAGAAUUGUACGGGGAGAAAUAUGGGAGUACAUGUUAGUCUAUGAUAAUGAUCCUAGAUGCUUCCUGAAACUCCUGAUUCCCAGUUAGGUACGGUCUAGAUCGAAAUGCUUCUCCGCCAGAUGAUGAUCUACCUUGCUCUGAUCAAACUUAACAAGUCAUUUUUCAGAACAUAGGUACACUUUGAUUUUUCGGCAGAACGUUAGUUCACUGAUAUAAUUCAUCUUAGGUAAGAUUAAAGGAGAUGUAACACAUUUGCUGGCCCGUCAGCCAAAUGGCUUGUCUGAGACCUGGAAUUUGUGGUUUACAACGUCGAUCAUGGAGAGGAUGCUAAAUAAUGGAGAAAUCUUGUGAGUGCUACGUUAACUGUUUAUGUCAUUGUACACCCAUCAACCCACUGUCUCCCUCCCUUCAAACAACACAUACACCAAACAGCACCAAAUAGGCCUCGGGUAGUAAGAGAUAUGGUAAAAGUGUUAGAUGCCCAGAUGGUAAAAAGUCUCGUCCGAAGGCUGUACACUAGACUUUACAUCAGAUUGCCAUUCCUCCACUUGGAUUUAUCCAGCAUUUUUUGUCCUUUUGUCGGAGAAAAGAUGGAAAUAUUGUUAGUGUUCAUAAAUAGCAAACGCUAAUUUUGGAAAUAGCUAUAAGAGGGGGUAGCUUGUAACUCUUGAAGCACUCAUGCUGAAUUUGUGAUUUACAACGUCGAUCAUGGAGAGAAUGCUACCAUAAUGGAGAAAUCUUGUAAUUGCUACGUGAUCUGUUUAUGUCAUCGUGCAGUCAUCAGCCCACUGUCUCACUCCCUUCAAAUAUCACGUCUUCUUAUUGGAUCUAUCUCAUCAGUGAAGGCCAUUAUUUUCUCUUUCUUUUCUCUCAGUAGUUUUUAAGAUGAACAGAGUCAAAUAAAGAUCGAAGAGUAACUGAGUUUUCUUUUUUCAAAUAAAGUUGGGUUUGUGUUAUAUUUUCGGUUUAUUGUCUGGGUGCUGAAUUGUUUCACAUCACUUGAACUCUUGUCUGUGUUAAUUAUAGAUGUUCCUAUAUUGAUCUGUGAUCUACAUUUUAGGAGGGGAAUAUGGAAUUUAAAAAAUCAGUCCUUGAUGAGCGGGCAAGAAAAGCUGAAGCUUGGCACCGGCAGGGAGUAAUUCAGGCGCAGUACUCUAAACCGGCGCAACCAAUAACUUGUGCAACUUUUGCCCAGGAUGUAAUAGAGGGAAGAGCAAAGCCUUCUCAAGUUCAUGAACAUAAACACCAACCUCUAAUGUUCGGACCAGCGAGUCUAAUCGGUGGAAGACCAACCAGUGAAAGAGAAAGAAUGGCAGCACAGGUUUUCCAACCUGGCCAUAGGUAUGAUUCUUUCUAUAGUUGUAUCCUAAUCAUUAUACGAGAAACUAUGGUAAACUAAUUUAAUGAAUAUAUCUCUUGUGAGCAUGUCUAUUUCAGUCUUUUCUCAGGAUGUUUGAUUUCUGGUUGAUUGGCAGAUAACAGUUUGCAUUAUUUCUGAGCAGAAUUUUGGCCGUUUCAUUUUUGAGUUAUACUUCAUUUCAAUAAUCAGUUCCGCCCUAGGCCUCAGGUAAUGCUCAUAAAACAUCAGCAUGACGUUUAUCAUUCCGAACUAAUUGUAUCACAUGGAAGUGUGGAUUUCCAUCUCUACCAAUUGAUGCCACAUUGUGGAUUUAUCCCUUGGAAUAUGUGACUGCAUUGAAAAACUGAUAAUAAGCCAUAAAAAUAUUAGAUUAAUGAGUCAGCUGUGGGCAUAAUAGGUCAACCCCUAAUUUGAUCGGGUUCCUUUGUUCACUCGGUCUCAUGCAGAUCUUGGUACCCUGACAAGUAUUACUCGUGUUGGCCCCUUACGCGAGUUGACCCGCACCAUAACCCUUGGCAGCAUAUAUUUUCUCAUGUUCGUCGUUAUGAUUAGUGGUCCGACUUCCACGUUCGCCGCUAAAGCCUAGUUGGCAUCUUAUGCCAGUGAUGGCCUCGCUUUGCUUGAUGUCAAACGCCCGCAGGUAGCGACACAGUGAUGCCACAGCUGUGCCACAGCAAUUCUACCUGUCACCACGUGUUCCGUGGAUUUUUUCCUGCUUUGCUUAGCGUUCUGCUGUCUUUGAUGCCACAAUUUCCCGUCAUCAUCACUGUCUGUUCGAUCUCUUUCCAUUGGUCUCAUGUAUUCUAUUCUAUUACCGUUUUCCCAUUUCUCCAUGAGCUUGUGAAACUCCAAACCCCCGCUGCCGCCAACUUUCUUAUGUCAGGCCGAAACUGGUAAAAGACCAGCUAAGUCUGAACCGGACUCCACCUCUGUGAUCUUUCUGAACAGACCCACACGUUUUGUACCAUAGCCCACCUUUCUGUUCAGCACGCAUUGUUCUUCACGAUGCAGUCAGGGGACUUUCAGUGUUGAAUGGUUUCCUCGACGUCCCUUUGUGGAGCAAUCUUAUUUGUCCACAGUAACCUGUGGAUAAAUAAUACUAAUCCAACCAUUUUACUCUACCUCGGAUCGUUGUCACCUACAUGGAGGGUCAUUUAUUUUUGUUUCUGGACGCAACUCAUUUACUGGUCUGAUCUCCAUCUUCUGCGGUUUCUGGCAGAUUACCCACCAUGAGCAUAGAGGAAGCCGGAUUACGAGAGAUGGAAAUGAUGAAUAACUGGCAAGAGAUGAACGCCAGGCUAGCCGAGGAGGCUAAUUCUUCUUGGCAUCAGGAGAAGAAGAGGGCUGAGAGCGACGAAGAGAGUGAAGCUGCCGAAGAGAAGGCCAGAGCAUGGGAUGAUUGGAAGGACGACAAUCCUCGGGGAGCCGGCAAUAAGAAGCUUACACCUUGUGGGUAG